CUCAUGAUGAUAAGGACCAACAUCCCCGAUCACCUUCGGAAACCGCUAAGCGAAGAAGUCGUCUCGGUAAUUCACGCACCCCCGAACUUCCAGAACUGGCAGUCGAGCGAUGCGACUUCAAAAUCCAAUACGGCGAGCGUUACCAGCGUGGAGAGCACGAGCGCAAGUAGCCCUCCACCAAGCGAGCCAUCAACAGUGACACCCCCAGCCCAGCAACAACCCACCGUCAACACCAAAGUGAAACCAGUGACCUUCGGCGUAGACGCCCCGACACCGCAGGCUCAAAAGCUAGAUGACGUUCUUGCGAACGAGCCCCCGAGGUUGCGGUCGAGCACCGCGAGCAGUCUGGAGCUGAUUCCGGAAAGCCACGAAGUGGACGCAGACGACGACGAAGACGAAGACGCCGACGACUUCUCGGGGCCGACCCUGAGCCGAGAGAACGAGGUCAAAGCGCUCAAGGCCGCCCUGGAGGAGUGCUGGACGUUGUGCAACACCCUGGCCAACCUCAGCUCUAUCCACCGAGAGCGCGUUUUCAACAGCUCCGGCACGCCAGACGCCCACGAGAGGGCGUGGAAGAGCUGCUGGAAACUGUGCAAGCGGCUGUACCAGAGCCGAGACGAUGUCUCGGAAUCGUACGGGGUCCGGACGAAUCUGGAUUUGUGCCGCGACUUCUGCCAGUGCUUGUUCGAUGUGCGGCAAAAGAAGGACGAGACAGCUGAUUCUAUCCUGCGUGUGAGCUUCGAGCUCAACAAUCACCUCUACAGCGCCCAAGACAGCCGGUCUCUCCCCGAGGCUUUUAGGGAACGAACACUCGAUUUUUACAUAACGCUGUGCCACAGACUCAUGAAGCAACGCAGCGAUCUUGCCGAGGAGACCGACUCGCUCCUGCGUGCCUGCUGGUCGCUGGCGGAGAUGCUCUUCAGCCUCCGGCAGAGCCGCCGGGACGGGAAGGCCCCUGAUGAAGAGUUACUCGGCUCGGCAGUGCAGGCUUGUUGGGAGCUUUGCGAUAUCUUCCGCGAGGGCUGGACGCAGAUCCGGCCAGAUCGCGGCACCCCCAGACCGAACCAAGUCAAUUUCUUCGCCGCCGGCACGCCUUAUGGCAACCAGUCCACGGGCAGCCACCCGUCCGACGUUGCUCGUUCCAAUGCCGGAAGCCGCGCAUCGCUGCACUCGAAGCGCGAGAGCCUCCGCAGCCUCGCCGACAUCGACCGGCCACGCCCCCACCCCGUCGUGCCCGAGACGCCCGUCACCGAGUUUGAGGACACUCCGGUCUCGCCCGACGCCAGCCCCCGAAUGCCACCCAACAUUCUAAUCCUAGGCACCUCGGGGGACUCGCGUAGCGACCGGGGCGGCCGCUGGUCAAGCAACGCCUCCAACCUCUCGAGCUACAGCCAAAGCAGCCAGCAUACGUCUAGCACGGCCACAACCACUGCUGCCGUUGAGGAUACAAAUGUCACGCGCAUAAAGGCACUUAUCCUCAAGGCGGCCAUGAACGUCGGCUUCGACCGUGACACGGCGGUAGCGAAUGGUACCAGCAGCGCGGCCUCGCUCCAGAACUUUGUCAAAACUCUGCCGACAGGUUCCUUUGGCUCGCUCCCCAGCCAUGCGGCACUGCUGCAAAGCUACAAGAACCUCGUGCUCACAGACGCAUCGUUCCGCUUCUCAACUAGCCUCCCUGCGCGCGGGAAACGCUUCACCGCCGCCGAGAUUGCCAAGAGCGUGGGCUGGAUAACGCAGCGGUCUGCUCAGUACAAUUUCCUAAGGGAUUUGUUCCGGCUAGUCUUCGGUAUCCAGCCCGAUGAGGCCGAGGCGAGGAAAAACAUGUCGAUAACCGUGUAAAGGCGCGCGCGACGGGGUCGUUGUGAUUGGACUUCGGGCAGGCGCCAGCACGGUUCUGCUCUACGCCACUCUUCCUUCCAUCAUCGCCCACCACACCGAUCUGAACCUGGGACGGGCACUUCAUGACGCUCCGUUUUCUUUUGUCCGUCGUGCUGUGUGUCCGAUCCAAGACUGCUCCACAACG